GUGAAAGUAGAGAUGGAGAAUGUUUUUGAUUAUGAGAGGAAUAAAGAAGACGAUCUUUAUAAUAUUCUUGGAUGUAGCGAACAUUCUACGACUGAACAAAUCUUGACAGAAUACAAAGCAAGAGUUUUAGAUCUCCAUCCAGACAAGAAUCCAGAUGAUCCACAGGCAGCUCAAAAGUUUGCACGCCUGGCUCAAGCAAAAGAUAUUUUAACUGAUCCUGAGAAAAGGCAAGCAUACGAUACUUGGAAUAACUCUGGAAUCACUGUUCCAUUUGAAAAAUGGCAGGCACUGCGUGAUGCAACGAAGACGACAUUACACUGGGCAUCAGUCAAACCCCAGCCUACAAUACAAUCUCAGGAACACAUGACAACAACCAGUGUACACCCUUCUUCUUCUGAUGAUCUUGACUCGUCACCGUUCAAAGUAAAAGAGCCCAUCUCACAUGCUGCAGUCUACAGCAAUCAGAAUGUUCAGUGGGAGAGAGAUCCUCCAUCAGACAUCUUGAAAAAGUUUAGAAAUUAUGAAAUCUGAAGGAGAGAAAAAAUUCUGUGUGUACAUGUAUUGGAGGGAAGUUAUUCUUCUUGAAGUUGAAUAUAUACAAAAGGAUCAUAUACAGAUUUAUUUCAAAUUAUGUCUCAGUAUUAAUUUAAGCACUGCAUGUGCUUGUUUAAAUGAGGUCCAACAAAGGUUGAAAGUCUCUCGUUAUCAGAUGGAAAUUUUUCCAGAUAGAACUAUAUGUACACCUUGUAUUGAAAUAUUUGGUAUUGUCAGUGUAUUGUUAAAUAUAUUAUUUAUUGUUGUGCUCUUUUUUGUUCAUUUGUUUGCUUUCUUUCUUUUUUACAAGUGUACGCAGUUGAUAAAUGAAGAAAGAGUUGAAGGAAAGAAUGUUGGCCAAAAGAAAACAUCUAAUGUUUUUAUUUCUUGUAGGGAGCUCAUGAUCAAACAAGCAUACACUAUUUUGUAAUUUUGCUUAAGAACUCGAGCAACUAAAAUAUUAUCACCAAAUUAAAGUUUACAGUUUGUUGACAAAAUAAAAAAGGACUUUUGAAAUAAUUGCCUAUAUGACACAUAUUUGAUAUCAUGGAUUUUUUUCUUAUAAAUUACAGCUCUGUUAAUUAUUAUAUCCAUAAAAAUUUAUCCAAGUGAUGCUUUGGCAAACAUAUACUUUCCAAGUGAAAUUCUCAUUCCAAAGAAUCUCCAGAAUUGUGUACUUACAUUGUACAUGUAUAUUUUGUUAAAUUUAUAAUUAUUGGUGCAUUAUCUGUUGUGAUACACAUAUAUAUAAA